AUGCAUUCCUCCGUUCGACAGAGAGGCGUGGACUACAAGCCGUUCCGCGACCUCCUGGCCGCAGGCGAGUGGGAGAAAGCGGACGACGAGCACCGCCGCCUGAUGUGCGUCCUCGGAGGCGAAGACGCGGAAGACCGCGGGUGGGUUUACUUCACCGAGGCGCGCGACUUCCCGGUCGCGGACCUCAAGACCAUCGACGCGCUGUGGGUCCACUUCAGCGAAGGAAGGCACGGGUUCAGCGUCCAGAGGAAGCUUUGGGUCGGCGCGAAGCGGCAGUGGCCGAAGUUUUUCAAGCAAAUCGACUGGGUCCAGGGCGAGAACGACAACUACCGCAAGUGGCCGGAGGAGGCGCGUUCAGCGAAAUCACAUUUUUUAUUUACGCCGGAGGCGGCGCGCGGGCACAUGCCGCUCACCAACGCGCUGCGGGGGACGACGCUUCUGGAGUCGCUUCUGGAGCAUCCCGCGUUCGCGCCGCCGAAGAAGCCGCAGGAAGAGCUCGCGUCGCAGCUCGAGGAGGCGGGGGAUAAGCUGCAGAGCGCGAUGGCGAACCUUCCGGGGUUGAAGGGGCUGAAGAAGCCGAGCUGGAUGAAGUAG